AUGGACAAAUAUUCUACCUGGAAUAAGUUGGUGGAGAGCCUGACCCAAGCGUUCGAGGUUCCAGGCGAUCGUGAGUUGGCCACCGUGAAACAAGGAACGCUCUCGAUCAAUGAGUUCGCCAGGAAACUGAGAACCAUUGGCGACUACGCUUAUGAGUCCGUGCCAGCUAACGUCAGAGAAGGCCUGCUCGUGAAUCACUUCAUCCAUCAUACGAAUAGAUAUAUUCGUAACAAGCUGCUCCAAAUAGACAGUACUCCAAAGACUCUGGAGGAGAUCAUUCGGACAGCUGAGCGAUUGCAAAGACUCCUGGAGUUGGAAGAAGACAAAGAUGGAGAAGAGCUGAUAGCAGCUAUUAUUUGGAGUCCGAGCAGUUCUCUUCCGGCUAGAAAUCUCCCAACUUCUUCUCCGAAAAGCACCCAACCAGUUCAUCCUCUCGUUGAAACUCCGAAGGCUACUGGAACACUUUUGUGGUUCACAGCGACACUGAGGAAACAGUACGACUUCGUACUCGGUCAGAACCAGGAAAGUUCUCUUCUACUGGAAAAGCCAUCUUCACCCAAAGAAGAGAAACCUUCUCUCAGAACCUCCCAGAACACCAAAAUAGGAAUUGGGGGAUAA